UCGCGGUUCGCGAUGGCCGCUGGCGGCUGUGUUCUACGUCUGUGAGCUCCGGAACAGGUGGGAUUGUGAACAGUCUGUGCUCGUGAAUCCCUGUGAUUACCCGCUCCUGCGACGGCGGUCGCAGAGGUCUGCGCGGCGGAUAUCUUGUUGACAGGUCCUCCAGGAGGCGACGCGCUUGCCGUGUCGACUGGAAGAAUCGGCAAAAGGGGUGGUCCCUCCAAACUGGUGAAUGUGCCGGAGCACUAGUUGAGGCGCUGCUGGGAAAUUGCCAAGUGUUUUGAUAACCACCUGAAGGCACGUGAACCGGUGCAUCUGGUGAGUCGACGAGUGUCCGCGUGGACGGUCGGCGAAGAAGCUCGGUGGUGUAGCGGGCGGCGACGGCGAAGUGGCGGCAGCGCCUUGCAGGACUCAACCACCGGGUCCCAACCACCGACCUCCAUGCAAGGAUGAACCCGAGCAAGCCGUGCUGAGAGCUUCUGGCAAGCUGGCUCGGCUAACAGUUCAACGCCAAUGUUGAGACACGGGCCUUUCAGCGCCGCCUGCCUCAACUGCUUCACGUUGCGUCGCGCCUGCUGUCGCCACCGCGAAGCCGCACCUAGCACGGCCAUGGCCACGCUCGCGUUAUGACCAACCUACGUAGCUUUUGUUCGCCUCAGUUACUUUAGUUUCUUCUUUUCCUUUUUUCCUUUACAACGUCGCUCUUUUUUUCUGCCCCUUUACAACGAGGGCCUAAAAAAAGGAAGGUUAGCGGGAACAAAGAGGUUGUGGUUGCGUUUUUUGUUAGCCUAAUUUCCUCGCUUUCAUCGUUCUUCAGAAGUCGCGCGCAGCCUUCGUUUCCCGUCUGCUAAGCCACGCUGCGGAUCGCCGCGGGUUUCGUCGAAGAUGUGGUUCGUCCGGAGGUGCAACGGACGGGUGACGCCGUCGUCGUCGCUGCGCGAGUCGCUCGACGAUGCUCCUUAGGACGUUCUCCUCAAGAUCGAAAACGGGACAAAGGAAGAAGAGGACGCGGCAGACCCGUUCACCAGCGACCCCGACGCUAAUCCUGGCGCGUACUCUGCUGCACGACUUCGACACCGCGCCGGUUCCGUUCUUUGUUCACCUGAGGCGCAGCGACGUCGUCCCCAGUGUCGCGUUGGUGGCGUGAGGCUUCCGUUUACAUCCGCCGCGCCGGGAGAGAAACUUUCUGCCCCCGGCGGCCGAUCCCGUACUUCGUGUGUGUGUGCGCGCGCGCUGGCCGUGCCAUAUCCUUUGUGCGUGUGUGCGUGCUGCGUUUUGUGUGCGUGAGAGACCGCGAAGUACCCUUCUGCCGGCGCCAUGCUUCGAGUGCGCAUCCUCCGACUGCACACGUGCAAGGUGGUGCUGGUGACGUCGUUGGUGUGGUUCUGUGUGGCCGCGCUGCUGCUCAUGUACUACACCGAGUGCAUAGGCUCCGGCUGCCUGGCCAAGUCGAGCUCGACGGUCGAGCGGCUGCCGUCCGGCAGGUCGCUGCAGGCGCCCCGCGGAGAGUUCCGCAGCUGGAUGCCCGUCGAGCUUGGCGAGAACCCAUCUGACUGGCCUGGGGAACGUGGCCGUGGUGUUGAGAUUGGCCCUGAAGAAGAGGCGCUCAAGAAAGAGAAAUUCAAGCUUAACCAGUUUAACCUCCUGGCCAGUGACCGUAUUGCCCUCAACCGAUCCCUGCCCGACGUGAGACUGGAGAAAUGCAAAGACAAGGUGUACCCUGAGAAGCUGCCCACAACGUCUGUGGUAAUUGUGUUCCACAACGAGGCUUGGUCCACUCUCCUGCGAACAGUGCACAGCGUCAUACGGACGUCACCGCGAGCUCUGCUUGAAGAGAUCAUCCUUGUGGAUGAUGCCAGCGAAAGGGAACAUCUGGGAAGGAAGCUUGAAGACUAUGUUGUCAAGCUUGAAGUGCCUGUUAAGGUCAUGCGAACGGGAAAACGUUCGGGCCUCAUUCGUGCCAGGCUCCUGGGAGCGGCUGCGGUUAAAGGCCAAGUCAUCACAUUCCUGGAUGCCCACUGCGAGUGCACACAUCACUGGCUGGAACCACUGCUGGCACGCAUUGCCGAGGACAGGACUAGAGUGGUGUGCCCUGUGAUCGAUGUGAUCAGUGAUGAGACAUUUGAGUACAUCUCCGCUUCGGACAUGACCUGGGGUGGCUUCAACUGGAAGCUCAACUUCCGCUGGUACCGGGUGCCACAGCGAGAGGUUGAUCGCAGAGGUGGAGACCGCACACUACCCAUCAGGACACCUACUAUGGCAGGGGGCCUGUUUUCAAUCGACAAGGACUACUUCAACGAGCUGGGAAAGUAUGACGAAGGCAUGGACAUCUGGGGAGGCGAGAACCUCGAGCUCUCGUUUAGGAUCUGGAUGUGCGGCGGAGAGCUGGAAAUAGUGCCAUGCUCACACGUGGGCCACGUCUUCAGAAAGUCAACGCCAUACUCAUUUCCCGGUGGGACUAGUCGGAUUGUCAACCACAACAAUGCACGCCUGGCCGAAGUGUGGCUCGACGAGUGGAAAGACUUUUACUUUGCUAUCAACCCAGCGGCCAAAAAUGUUGACAAAGGAGACCUUUCAUACCGAAAACAACUUCGUACCAAGCUUAAAUGCAACACUUUUAGGUGGUACUUGGAGAAUAUUUAUCCUGAAUCACACAUGCCCCUUGACUACUAUCAUCUUGGUGAGAUCAAGCACGCCGAGUCCUCAGACUGCCUGGACACUUUUGGGCGCAAGAGCGGCGAGAACUUGGCUGUGAGCAAGUGCCAUGGCAUGGGCGGCAACCAGGUGUUUGCCUACACCAAGCGGCAGCAGAUCAUGUCUGACGACAACUGCCUGGACGCCUCUUCUCCCCGAGGUCCUGUCAAGCUCCUGCGUUGCCACGGCAUGGGCGGCAACCAGCUCUGGAUCUACAAUAAAGAGGAGCAGUCGUUCAAGCACGUCAACACGGCACGCUGCCUCGACCAGCCAGACCCCAAGGAUCCUUCUCUCCCCGUGCUGAGGGAGUGUGAUGGCCGGGCUUCACAGCGGUGGGUCAUGCAGGGGAAGUUCAAGUGGCAGGCCUCCUAGGUGUCAAGCAGUAGGACUUUCUCCCCCGACAUGGCCAGCCACGAGCAGCAUUCACACAGUACACAAGCAAACAUCAUGCAAGCAAGCAACCCUUCUCUUUGAUGGGACGAGACCACAGAGAGAGCCGCACGCAGCAACUGCGGGACUCGGCUGCUGCUGCUGCUGCGCCGCUGGCACCAUUUUGCGUCAAGGAAAAUCCCAGUGACUGGUGCACACGUGCCUUUGCUGAUUUUGCACAUGAAGCGGCUGCUGAAUGUGCGUGCUGUGUCUGCUUGCUGUUGUGUGAGCUGCAAUACGUGCUUGUGUCUGGGAAGCAGUUGCAAGAAGAAGAAAAAAAAAGACUACGAGGACGCACUGUGGAGUGCCUAGAAGGUUAUGCUGCAUUUCAGGCUAGCUUGUGUGUCAAGCCUUUCUGUAGCAUACUUUUCUGCAUUUGCGCUGGGAACACUAUAAGAACUGCUGUUGUGUUGCACUUUGGAGACGUGGUUGUGCCAGAGUUUAAAUUAUUGCUGCGCGGCCCUCUCGUUCAAUUCAUUGCGACUGGUCGCACACUGCUACUGUCACCCAUGCAAUUAACGACGUGCUUAGACGUGGCCCAAACAGCAAUCUUUUUUUUCCAUUGUGUGCAUUCUUGGUUACAUGCAGAGCAGCAACUUUUGCAAGUGCAUCCAAAUAUUCUAUAAAUGUCUUGGAAGAGUUCAGGCAUGUGAGUUCCAGCUUGGGUUGUGUCACCUUGUGGAACAGGUGAAGGAUCAAAGCUGUAGAGCCAGCGCAAUGAGGGUGUGCCCUCGCUGCAAGGCUCUGUGCCACAUCAGCUUCCAUCGCUCUGUACAGUUCCGCUUGGGCUGUGAUGCAACUCUUCCAGCAAAGACUGCCUCUUUUCUCGGGACUGGUAGUGAUUGUGUGAUCUGUGGUGUGCCUACUGUUCGCCACAUUCCUUGAGAGACAGCUGUGUGGAAACCCAGAACAGGGAGCGGUGUGCGUUUCACGCAGCAGUGUUCCUAUUUCUUCCAUCUUCCCGUGCUGUUCUUUCACUCUUUGUCAUUCCCUCUUAGUCCAAGUGAGUGUGCUGUAUGCCGAAUACUUACAGCAGCAGCACUGGAAUGCAAAUGGGCCAAGUUGAUUUUAUGUAUGUCGCUGGGGUUGUGUGUGUCUUUACCUUCUUUGUGUUCCCCUGGGAACUGACUUGAAUGGGAAUGACAUGGUGGUUGCACACCUUCCCAUGAACCGGUGAUAUUCACUCCAAAUGUGAACGAAACGAGGAUGCAACCAAACAUUGUUAGAGAUCAUCAGUGCUGUGCCACUGUCAUGAUCAAGUUGCAUGUGUUACAAUGUAUUGUUACGACAAAUCAUGUCAUUGUUUUUUUUAAUAAUUAUUAUUAUCCUUAUUUUCUUCCCUCAUCAUGGUAGGCUCAAGGGCAGUUUCCUGUUAUGAAGUGCUAAUUUGUUGUUGGAGCUCCUUUCUGUGUAAACGGUUGGAAAGAACGAAGAGUUUGCAUUUUAUUGCCUUUCAUAAUCCGACUGAGGCUUCACCCAAAGCCUCUGCCACUCACUACUCUAUCUGUCCUUCUUCAUAGAGGCAAAAUUAUCAUCUUCCUUUGAAUCGGUGAACUCAACACAAAACCUUUAGUUCGAAAGUGCUGCAAUAUUUGUGAAAGGUGAGUGUGUCCUGAACGCUCGGUUCCUAAAAGUAAAAUUUCAGCAGUAUGUUUUGACCACCA